AUGUCCACGUUAAAAGAAAUUUUUGAUAGUACGAAACCUAAAUCUACAGUAAAAUAUGAAAAAUUUAACUUUGUUAAUGUUCCUUCUGGAUAUAGAAUGCCAGAGAUGCAUAGAUUAUUUGAGAAAAAAACUACAUCAUCUUCUAAGGAUACAAAAAAAAACAUGGAGGAUAAUUAUAGUUCCCAAAUUGAUAAAACGUCACACGGUAAAAAUGAUACUCAAAAUAUUUUUAUCAAUGGACAAAAAGAUGUUUUUUCUCAAGUUUCUAAUAUUCAAAAUUUUGAAGAUGACAAUUACGAUGACUUCUAUGAUGACAACUGGGUCAAUGAAACAAAUAAAGCUAAUGAACAAAAUAUCUGUAAUACCAAUUUAAAUAUUGCUAAUUCUAAUAAAUUUAAAAGAAAUUAUUGUAUUAAUGGUUCAAUAGAUAAUAAUAAUGAUAUUUCAAAUAAUAAUACUAUGAAUGAUGAUACCAUUAAUCAUAUGAAUGGUGAUUUCAGUUAUAAUAUUUUUGAACAAUAUGAAGAUGAUUUAUAUAAUCAAGAAAAUGUCUUUUUAAAAAGUAGUGCUGGUGAAUUUAAUGACACAAAAGAUUUGUUAUUGUAUGAUAAAAUUAAAGAAAUUUAUGAAACUUUAAACAAAGUUUUUGGUCACAAUUCUUUUAUACAUGAACAAAAAGAAGCUAUAGUGGCAACUUUACUUGGUCAUGAUGUAUUUUUAUUAAUGCCAAAUGGUUCUGGGAAAUCUUUAUGUUAUCAAUUAACAUCUAUUAUUGAUUGUGGAAUUACUGUUGUUGUUGCACCCACAAAAACAUUCAUUGAAAAUGAAAUAUCAAAAUUAACUCAAUUAAAUAUACAAGUUUAUGAUUUAAUAAGUCAUUUUACAAAGACUAAAUUUAGAAAUAUUUAUAAUGAAAUUACAUCAAAGAAUAGUAAUAUUAAACUUUUAUAUGUUACUCCUGAAAUAAUUAAUGGAUCAGAGGAAUUUCAAAAGUUAUUAUCAUAUAUGCACAGAGAAGGAAUACUUUCAAGAUUUGUUAUUAAAGAAGCUCAUUAUAUAACAGAACUUAGUAGUACGUUCCGUCCUAAUUUCUCUGGAUUAAGUUAUUUAAGAAGAAAUUUUAAAAAUCCAGUAAUUCCAAUUAUGGCUUUGUCUAGUGGAGCAACACCUAAAGCUAUUAUGAGGACAAAAAUUUUGCUGUCAAUGCAAUGUCCAAAGACAUUUAUUUCUACAUUUGAUCGUCCAAAUUUGAUAGAUUGUGAAAAAGUUCAUGAAAUUCUUAAGAAAUAUGAUAUAUCAUCAGUUGUGUAUCAUUCCAAGAUGACUGCUAUGGAAAGGGCUAAGGCAAAACAUGAAUGGAUGUCAAAUGAAGUUCAAGUUAUUUGUAGACCAAUGUUUUCAGAUAGAAGUAUGAUCAAAUCUGAUGUGAGAUUUAUAGUUCAUUUUUGUAUGCCAAAUAGUAUUGAAAAUUACUAUGAAGAAAGUGGUCAUGCUGGAAGAGAUGGGCUUCCAUCAUAUUGUGCUAUUCUUUACAAAUAUUCAGAUUCAUUAAAACAUAAACGUGUUAUUGAAAAUAGUAGCAGUAACAUUUUUUCAUCAUUUUUAAUGUCAAAAUAUAGAAGUGAAAUUCAACAUGCUAAGGUUAAUCAAAUUUUGGCUUAUUGUGAAACCAUUUCAGAAUGUCGGAGGAAAAUGUUAGUUGAAUAUUUUGGUGAAAUGUAUGAUUAUAAUAAUUGUUUAAAAAAUUCUAAAACAACUUGUAAUAAUUGUGAAUUAGCCAAUAAUCCAGUACCUCUCUAUAAAUUGUUUGAUUUAACUAUUGAAGCUGUACGUAUACUGAAUACAGCAUUAGUUGUUCCAUUAACAGUAAAACAAAUGGCUGAAUGUUAUAGAGGUCGUUUAAAUAAAAAUUCAAGUCUAUUUAUGGAUUUACAAUCAACAGACAUUUUUGGAAGAGGUGCAUCGUUAUCAGAAACUGAUGCUACUAGAUUUAUUAUCAAAUUAAUUACAAAUGGAUAUUUAAGAGAAAAUUUAAAAACAAUAGAGGGUGAAAAUUACUCAAAUGUGGCAGGGUAUUUAUCUGUGACAUCAAGAGGUGAAAAAUUUUUAGCUUCUGUAGUGAAACCAAGAAUCUUUUUUUAUAUUUCAAUUGAAACAAGAAAAAGAAGAUAUUCUAGAAAUUUAACUUUAACUUCUCAUAAUGAUUAA